GAUUGGAAGAAUGAAAGAAAAACACUUCAUAUUGUUAAACUCCUCCCAUAAGGCAUUAACUAGAUCGUCCUGUUACUAGAGAGGAUCUUGGUCUUUUCACUAAUUCCGAAAUGCAUUGGAUCUGUUUUUGGUAUUCUAUUCAAUUAUGCAGGGAUUGCCAAGCCAUCCAUGUGAGAUCUGAAGAAACUAGCUGUCUGAGAUGGUUUUUUUUGGUAAUAUAAGGUGGCCGAGACAUUUAUACUGCGAAUUUGUUAAUGAAAUUCAUGUGCAGAACGAGUUUUAAUAUACUUAUAUAUAAGUGAAAAAAAGGUGAAAAAGAAAAUGAAUAGAAGAGAAGAAAAACAGAAGUUUCCUACUAUAAAUGAGGAUUUGGUCAAUGCUUCUCCCUAAAUCCACUCUCAACCAAGCAAAACAUUCUACUCUUGUUGCUUUAAGAGACCAUUAUGGCCAACUCCUACUAAUUCCGUACUUAUAAAGCAUAAUUAUCUCUCUAAAAUGUGGCUAAUUUUAAACUUCAACACUCCUGUUUAUAUAUGGCACAUGAAUGUCUUAUGAAUAAAGGAGUUAAGUGGCAUAUAAAAGUCAUCACCACAACGUUUUCGAGCUUCUUGAGGUGUGUUAAAUUUUCAGAGGAGAUCAAAGAGAAUGAGAGGUAAAGUUACGAAGAACAGUCUUAGGGAUUCAGUUGAUUCAGAGCAGUCCAAUGGUGGAAGCAAGAACCGGCCUGUUUGUCCGAAGCCACGUCGGCCUGUUACCUACAUCCCUGAAGUUCUCAAGCCUCCCAGAUGCACCAAAAACAGGCAAACAAAUCAGUCAAAUAGUGAUGGAAAGAACGCAAUUUUGAGCUUGCUUGAUGAAAAGAGGUUAAAUGAAGGAUAUGCGUCUACUUGUGGUGGUUGUUCUCCAUCCUGUUCUGGAUCUCCACCAGGAAGAACGGGUAACCCGAUUAUCCAUGAUGUACAGUUCAUCCAUCAAAUGGAGCUUUUCUCUCCUUUGUACAAAGCUCUCUAAAAUAAAAAGUUGGAUUCAACUCUCUUUGCCUCACCAAAUUGAACGGCAUUUAUACCAUGAUUUUGUUAGGGUAAAUAAUAUAGAUACACACACAAAAGUGGUACGUGUAGAUGUGAUUUGAUCUCACAUUUUAAGUAUUACACUCUAAAGUUAAUACUCGACAAGGUAAAUUGGUAAAUAAUUAGUAUAACAAGAAACUAUUGUAUUCUUGUAGUCUUAUGACGAAGCCAAUUUUUUAUUUAUUUUUUUAUUUUUUAUUUAUUUUUUUUUUUAUGUGUGUAUAUACAAAGUAUAUAAUAAGGUUAAUAAACUUUUUUUUAGAUUACGCAUGUGUUUUUAUGUGUAUAGUACAAGAAAUAUAUAGUAAUCUCUGCAAUGUGUUGCAAAUUGCAAUUUAUAACAUAGCACAACUAAAACUGAGGAUCAUGUCGAUCAAGGAUUAAUCUGCAGUAAACAAAUUGAACAAA